GAUCGCUUUAUUGUUUAGUUGACGCGAGUCGCGCGGCGGGAACAUCCUGUGACAGUUCAUUUUCCCGCCUAAAAUUUGACAUUGACAGUGCCAUAGUGCAAUUUGUUUUAUUUUUUUAUUUUAUUUUUUUUAAAUUAAAAAUGGAUAUGCUCAGUAAGAUUCGGAGUCACCAGCGGACGCCGUCUGGGUCUAGGGACUUCAAGGAGGCGACGAAGCGCGAUGCCCUCGCCAGAGUUGAAGUGGAACUGGAGCGUCUGGUGGCCACCAUGCCAGAGACCAGGCGGCCACAGAUGCUCAAAGAGUUCCAAGGCUUCAAGAAUUUGUUUAGCAGAUUUCUGGCAGAACAGGGACCUUCCGUAACUUGGGAGAAGAUCGAGAAGCUUCCAGAAGGUGCUGUGAUCGAUUACGCGAGCCUGAAGACACCAACCACGGACAAUGUGCACCACAUGCUGGACAAGCUGGUUGUGGUCAAGCUGAACGGUGGCCUGGGUACCUCCAUGGGCUGCAAAGGGCCCAAGUCUGUCAUACAAGUGAGGAACGAGCUCACAUUCUUGGAUCUCACUGUACAGCAAAUUGAGCAUCUAAACAAGACAUACAAAUGCAACGUGCCCCUCGUACUGAUGAACUCGUUCAACACGGACGAGGACACGCAGAAGGUUAUCAGGAAGUACAAGGGGCUGAAGCUGGACAUCCACACCUUCAACCAGUCCUGUCACCCCAGGAUCAACCGGGAGUCGCUGCUGCCCAUCGCCAAAGAGGGAAAUGUUCACUCUGAUAUUGAAGCAUGGUACCCCCCCGGUCACGGAGACUUCUACGAGUCCUUCCACAACUCCGGUCUCCUGCAGAAGUUCAUCAAGGAAGGCAGAACAUACUGCUUCAUCAGCAACAUCGAUAACCUCGGCGCCACCGUCGACCUGAACAUCCUCAGCCUACUCCUCCAUCCUGACCCUCAGAAACCGAUAUCCGAGUUCGUCAUGGAAGUCACAGAUAAGACCAGAGCUGAUGUCAAAGGUGGAACUCUGAUCCAGUAUGAAGAUAAACUGAGACUUCUCGAAAUCGCUCAAGUCCCGAAAGAGCAUGUGGACGAUUUCAAAUCAGUCAGUCAGUUCAAAUUCUUCAACACCAACAAUUUAUGGGCGAAACUUGACGCUAUCCAAAGGGUAGUAGACCAGGGGUCUUUGAACAUGGAGAUUAUAGUUAACAACAAGCAUUUGGGUGAUGGUUUGAAUGUGAUACAAUUGGAGACAGCAGUCGGUGCUGCGAUGAAGUGCUUCGAAGGUGGUAUCGGAGUCAAUGUGCCGAGGAGCCGUUUUCUUCCAGUCAAGAAGACGUCAGAUCUUCUUCUCGUCAUGUCGAACCUUUACAGUCUUUCGCAUGGUUCUUUGGUGAUGUCUCCGCAAAGGAUGUUCCCUUCUACUCCGCUGGUGAAAUUGGGUGACAAUCAUUUCGCGAAGGUUAAGGAAUUCCUGAACAGAUUCGCUACGAUCCCAGACCUGAUUGAAUUAGACCAUUUGACUGUAUCUGGCGAUGUCACCUUCGGAAGAGGAGUAUCGCUUAAGGGUACCGUCAUAAUUAUAGCUAACCACGGAGAUAGGAUCGAUAUACCAUCGGGUGCGGUGUUAGAGAAUAAGAUAGUGUCAGGCAAUCUACGUAUUCUAGAUCAUUAGGCGCUUAGUCUAGAUACAGCUGAAGACAUUUAUUUUCUAAAUGUGUUAAAUUUCUUCUAUCUUCAGUUUGAUAUUAGAUCCUAAGUGGGUAGUGAAUUUAAUUUUUUAACUAUUCAUCUUAGUACAAUGUACGUUUAAAAAUAUACUUUAUUGUGAUUGCUUUAAGGUGUAUAAUUGCAUGGCAUGCUAUUGGGAUUUCUUAGGUUUAG